UUUAUUCAAAAUCAUUACUCCUGUUAGAGAAUUCUGAAAAAUUUAAACUUAUAGCCCAACUCUUUUCUUUAUGAGUCAUACAAAUACAAUGACGUUUCUUAUUCGCCCCACAGUUUGUUGAAAUCUACUUCUCGCCUCCUUCCCUUCAUAUUCUCCAUCGAAACGUAAAAGAAAACAAGAUCAGAUGAGUCAAAUAUUCCAAGAGCCAAAGGGCUUAAAAUCAACGUCAGCUGGAUUUUCUUCUCAUCAUCAAUCUUGUCGCAAUAAGCAAAGGAAAAUGGAUGAACAUGGAGGAAGCAAGGCUACAGGCAUUAAGCAGAUUGUAAGACUAAAAGAAUUUCUUAGUAAAUGGCAACAUGUCACACUUGGCCCCAAGGGAAAUGGUGGUAACAAUAUCAAUGACGACGACAACAAGAAUAAUAAAAAUAAUAAUUGCAAUCUUCAAUUAUCCACGAAUCUGGGUAGUAAUUCCCUUGGAGGAAUAUCGCCUUCCAUUAGUAUGAGGCUUAGGAACUACAAUAUAUAUUGUGAUUCAGACGAGGAGAGUUGUCAAAGCCCAGAGCCACCCCAUGGUGUUCCUAGAGGCUAUUUGGCUGUUUAUAUUGGACCGGAGCUUCGGAGGUUCAUAAUUCCCACAAGUUAUCUUAGUGAUCCAUUGUUCAAAUUGUUAUUGGAAAAAGUUGAGGAAGAGUUUGGGUUUGAUCAUACUGGUGGACUCACUAUACCUUGUGAGAUUGAGACCUUCAAGUACCUUAUGCAAUGCAUGGAAAAUCAUCAGAGAGAUCAGCUGGCCCCCGUUCAUCAUUAAAACCAUUCUGGUUAGCUCUCAUUUUCUUUUCUCAUCAUUUCUUUUCUUUUUCACGACAGUAGUUUUGGUGUUCACUUCAACUAUUGGUCGUGAUACUCUUCCAACCAUGAUUUCGGCUGAUGAAAAUAGAAAAUCUCUCCGUGUUUUUUUCUACAUUUAUCUUCUUUCAUUAUACACUUGUCAAUAUUCUUUUAAGAUGGAUGGAUUAUUGGCUGACUAUGAUUGAAAUGUUACGUGCGUAUAAUUAUUUGACUUAAAAGCCUCUAGUGGGAUAUAUUCAUUUCAUCUCGUAUAACAAGAAACCUUGAUGAUUUUGAUGAAGCUGGAUCUUCGCCAGUUGUGGAGUGACUAACUACCAUAUGGUCUUAGUGAAGAUUGAAUGUUUAGGGCUGAAUUAUUUUCCUUUUUAAUCUUUUUUCUUCUGAUUAAGAGCUUAGAAGGUCCCAUUUACGUGUAUAAAGCAUCGUCAUUUCUAUUUUACACUUGCACUCUGUUUGUCAUGUGUUUAUAAUUGAUUUUGAAAAGAAAAAAAAGUGAAGGAGAAAAGGAAAAAGGAGGACCUAGGUAGUUAUUUUGAGAAGUUUCAUCGGCAAAAAAGAGAGUAUAAUUUUUUAUCGAUUUUAGGUAUUACCUAUAAGAAGUUGUGAACAACUAGCUAGGCAAAAAGUUAUUGCUUUUUUUAUGUAUCUUUACUUGUAUUGGAAUAAUCCUCUGCUUGUAUAUUGUAAGGCUCUUAACGUUUGAAUUGUACAAUAUUUAUGUUGUGUCAAACCCAAA